UUCCGCAUCUGAAGAACCAGAUUAUUUCACUUGCAUUUGCAUUUGCACUAUCAGACAUGAUGACGGGAUUCCAAGAGCGCAUGAAUUGUAAAGGUCGGUUCAUCUUUUUCCUCCUUUUCUUUACUUUUAUGUUGCCCGCACUUUCAUUCAAUGAUUCCCAACAUCAGAAGCAGAUUGGCGCACAAGCUUUGCUCCAAUUUAAAUUGUCUGUGAAAAUAGAUCCAACUUUUUCUUUAUCUAAUUGGUUAGUUGGAAAUAAUGUUUGCAAUUGGGCUGGAAUAACCUGUGAUGACCAAGAACGGGUUGUGAGUGUGGUUCUCAAUGGCAAGGCGCUGAGUGGCCGGAUUCCCUCUCAAAUGGGCAACUUGUCCUUCCUUACGACUCUUGACCUCUCUAAUAAUCUUUUGUCUGGCCCCAUUCCCACAGAGCUGAGUUCGUUGCACAACUUAAAAAAACUCAAGCUUGGUUCAAAUAAUUUCACAGGUGUUAUCCCACAAGAGUUUACCGACUGUUCUGCGCUCGAAACCUUAGAUCUUGGUCGUAACAAUCUAACUGGACGGAUCCCCUCCAAACUAGGCGCUCUCAGGUAUUUGGAAGAAUUGAACCUGCAAAGUAACCAAUUUUCUGGAGAAAUUCCCAAGUCUCUAAGUAACUGCACGAGAUUGCGUUACUUGUUACUUAGCAGUAAUAUGCUGGAGGGAUCAAUUCCAGAGGAUAUAGGCUAUAAGCAACCCUUAUUGCAAAAGAUUUCUCUGAAACUCAAUAAUCUAAGCGGCAGCCUACCAAAAUCUAUUGGUAUGCUGAGAGGCCUACAAAGACUUGGGCUUGGUGAUAACCGCUUCCAAGGAGAUGUUUUUCCUCUACUCUUAAACUGUACACAACUACGGGAAGUUUAUCUCUCACACAACAGUUUCAAGGGCUCCAUUCGGGUAGAGAUUGGCCUCAAGCUCACUAACUUGCAGUUUCUUACUGGGGGAGGAAAUAAUUUCAGUGGCGGGAUCCCGAAGUCUUUGGGAAAUUGUUCUCAGCUCUCCUUUCUUGCUCUCGAUCACAAUCAGCUAAGUGGUCCUUUGCCUCAAGAACUGGGAAGUCUAUCGGCUCUGGAAAUACUGAAUCUAGAGACAAAUAAUUUGUCAAGUCGAAGCUCCGCCGAAACAUCUGUUUUGGAUAUUCUUACAAACUGCUCCAAUCUCAGAGAGAUAACUCUCUAUCAAAACCAUUUCAGUGGCGUUUUGUCAGGGUGCAUAGGAAAACUCUUUCCCAGACUAUCAAAGCUGUCCUUGAGUAGCAACAAUAUAACUGGCAACAUACCGGAACAAAUUGGCGACCUCACUGAGUUGACCAUUCUUUCUCUCGGGAAUAACAGUAUCACUGGAGGAAUUCCGAAAGCACUAAGCCGUCUGCAAAAGCUACGAUGGUUAGACUUGAGCUUAAACAAAUUGCAAGACAGCAUUACACUAGAAUUUAGCAAGCUGGUAGAAUUGGAAUGUCUAUGGCUUGGAGCAAAUAAUAUUUCUGGAGAAAUUCCUUCAUCAAUUGGCAGUCUCCAAAAAUUGAGAAAACUGGACCUCAGUUACAAUAAUCUAACAGGAAGGAUACCAGAUGCCAUUGGCAAAUGUUUCCUACUGGAGAUGAUUGAGCUCUCACGCAACAAAUUGUAUGGAAUAGUGCCAACAUCAAUAGGACAGCUCAAAAGCCUUGAGAUCAUUGACUUGUCCUUCAAUAAUCUAUCAGGACAAGUGCCACUCUCAAUUGCAAAUCUCGCUGUGCUCCGCCUUGUGAAUUUCUCCUACAACAACUUGAAUGGACCAGUUCCCAAACAAGGAGCUUUCAAAAAUCUAAACGUAACAUCAUUUUUUAGCAAUCCAGGAAUAUGUGCAACCUCAGGCUAGGCAAAUUGCACAAGCUCUGGCCAGAUCCGUUCAAAUAGGUUUGACAGGAAGGUUUUCAUGUUUGUUUCAAUUGGCACAUUUUUGGCAUUUUGUUGCA